GGCGUGAUGAGAUUUUCUUAAAUUAGAUGACUGUAUCAGCAUUAUUAUCUUGAUGAAUGUAUUGUCCCUCCAAUGCAAUGUAUUUUCAUUGUUUAUAAAUAUUGCUUCUUUCUUAAACAUGGGCAUCUUGUGUUAUGAAGUGAAGCACUGCACCAGUCAUACAAUAACUAGUACUACAUUGAAAGGAGUGGAGUCUUUAGAAGCUUAGUUCAAUGGGAAUGGAGAUGUUUGAGAAAGCAAGGCCUUACAUUGCAAUGACAUCCCUGCAGUUUGGGUAUGCAGGGAUGGCCAUACUUACUAAGAUUUCUCUUAACAAUGGAAUGAGUCACUAUGUUUUGGUAGUCUAUAGACACAUCGUUGCUACACUUGUCCUUGCUCCUUUUGCUUUUUUCAUUGAAAGGAAGAUACGACCCAAAAUCACAUUUCAAAUAUUCUGUCAGAUAUUUGCACUGGGUUUAUUGGGGUAUGCUACUUGCAUCCAUUUUUCUCAUCUUCUCCUUGAUUUGUACAUUAAUAUGAUGUCUGCUCAUCAAAGACAAUGGAACUUUUGCAGGCCUGUAUUGGAUCAGAACUUCUAUUACCUGGGUUUGAAAUUUACUUCUCCUACUUUUGGUGGUGCAAUGAAUAACUUGGUUCCUGCUACGACCUUUGUGAUUGCUUUAAUCUUUAGAAUGGAGAGAGUAAAAAUUCGAGAGAUACGCAGUCAAGCAAAGAUAGUGGGAACACUAGUGUGCGUAAGUGGAGCCAUGCUCAUGACUUUGUACAGAGGAGCUAUUCUUCCCAUGCCUUGGUCUUCACAUGACCAUCCUCAUUCUUCAAAUGCUGCUACCUCUCAUGAUAGUAAUAGUGAUAUGAUUAAAGGUUGCAUAUGUUUAAUUAUUGCAACACUCGCUUGGGCUGCUCUAUUUGUUCUGCAGGCUUCGGUACUUAAGAAGUAUUCUGCACAACUUUCGCUUGCCACCUUAAUAUGCUUGAUGGGCAGUUUACAGUCAAUUGCAAUCACCUUAGCUGUUGAACGCCGUCCUUCGGCGUGGGUAAUUGGAUUUGACAUGAAUCUUCUUACUGCAGUUUACUCUGGAGUAGUGGGUUCAGGAAUUGCAUAUUACGUGCAAGGUUUAUGCAUGAGGAUAAAGGGGCCUGUAUUUGCUACUGCAUUCGUUCCAUUGACUAUGAUAAUUUCAGCAAUCAUGGACUCUAUUAUUCUUCAUCAAAACAUCUACUUGGGCAGUGUGAUUGGAGGAGUGGUGAUAGUAAUAGGAUUGUAUGGUUUUUUAUGGGGAAAAGCGAAGGACACAAAAUUGACCACUUUUACCAGCUCAGAAAUGCUCCCCACAUCUCACCACGAGAAGAACACCAUGGAAUCUAUAGAAACAUUGGGGGUACCAGUUGAAUCAAAUAUUACUUUCAACAUGAAAACACAACCCUCUACAGUAUGAGGAAGACAAUGUAUCCGUUCAAUUUUGAUGCAGGUUAUUGGGUGGGUAUGGCCAAUGAUGAAGAAAAUCAUGUUGAAAUGUAUUUCUCAUUUGGUACAUCCCUCAAAUGUGAUGUGAGUGGACUGUUAGAGUGUUAUUAUCUAAUAAAAUGGGUGAAUGAAAUAAGUUAUUUCUCA